UAGGGCUGUUUGUAUGCAGGCCUAUCAUCGAUAACUCACAUUAAAAUAUACUUGAUAUGUUGAGGUUCAUUGAUGUGUACACACCCGCACCUUGUCAAUUUCCGAGUCUACACCUCAUUUUUUUCUAUUUUCAACUGGCCAAGUCACGAUUUGCUGCUCCAAAAGCAGUCAGUGCGUCCGCCAUAUAAAAAGUCGCUGCUAAGAAAUAUUUCUAAUUAUUUGAUCGUCGCGAUUUCAUACGUUCGGUUCGGAAGUGAAAUAUAGUGAAUAAAAAACGAUUAAAUCUCAACUGGAUAUUUUACACUCUUUGGAUUCGAGGACUCUUCCUGUCUAUCAUGUUGACGUGGCAAUUGUGGUGUACUUUAUUAUGUGUUUUGUGGAUUUAUUUUUUGUGGUCACGUCGCAGAUUCUAUCGGUUAAUAUUUCAAAUACCUGGGCCAGUGGGUUAUCCCUUAGUUGGCAUGGCACACAAGCUGCUCCAUAAGGAAGAUGUACUGCGGGUGUUUAAUCACUAUUUGGAUAAACAUGGACCAUUCAUAUUUUCUUGGCUGGGUCCGAUACCAUUUAUAAUCGUCAAGGAUCCCAAAAUUAUACAGGAUAUUUUCAACUCACCGCAUUGCCUUAAUAAGGGCAUCAUCUACAUGGCAAUAGAUGAUGCCUCUGGCCAAGGAUUAUUUAGCAAACCAGAGCCCCUUUGGAGUGUGCAUCGAAAAUUACUGAAUCCAGCAUUUGGCCACAAGUUGCUGGUUAGUUUUGGACCUAUUUUCAAUGCAGAGUCUGCAUCCCUGUUGAAAACUUUGGAACCAUUGGUGGAUUGUGGUGAAAAGAACUUGAUACCAUUGCUGCAGAGUUUUACGUUGAAUAUAGCAACUCAAACCACAAUGGGAAGUGAAGUGAAGUAUAGUGAAUACAUAAGGAGCAACAAACUGCUCGAAGCUUAUCAUAGUCUUUUGGAAUCCAUGACAGAUAUGUGUUUUUCACCCUGGUUGCUUAGUAAAACGAUUCGUCAACUAUUGGGCAGAGAGGAACAAUAUGCUAAAAUCAAGUCACAGAUAAGUGAUUUCAUCAGAAAGAUUAUAGAAUCGAAACUGACAAAGGGUUCUGAAGCUCCGCCACUGCCGGAGGACAAGAAUAUAUUUCUAAAUCUAGCUACAGAUUUGAUGAAUCGUGGAAUCUUUACCACCCAGGAUGUCCAAAACGAAUCGAGUACCAUUGUAUUUGGUGCUUUUGAGACAACAGCUAAUACGGUGGCGUACACUUUGAUAUUGCUUGCCAUGUUUCCCGAGUAUCAAGAGAAGGCCUUUGAAGAGAUUCGCACAUUGUUUCCCAAUACAGGAGACUUUGAAGUUACUUACGGCGAUACCCAGAAUAUGACUUAUAUGGAUCUUAUACUCAAUGAGUCAAUGCGAGUCUUGACUCCAGUUCCAAUUGUCGCGCGACAGACAAUGCAGGAUGUGCAACUUUCCAAUGGCAUUGUUUUACCAAAAGGAGUACAAAUCGGUAUAGACAUCUUUCACCUGCAUCGCGAUAAGAAUAUUUGGGGGGAAAAUGCGGAAACUUUUGACCCAGAACAUUUUCUUCCCCAUCAUAUGCAGGAUAAGCAUCCGUAUUCGUUCAUUCCCUUCACAAAGGGAAUACGAAAUUGUAUAGGUUGGCGAUAUGCCUUAUUAUCGUCAAAAAUAACAUUGGCCAAAUUGCUGAGGAAUUACAAAUUCUCGACCAGCUUCAAAUUUGAAGAUCUUGACUUUGUUGAGGAUAUAACUUUGAAAUUAAGGAAAGUGCCCUUGCUGGAAGUACAAAAGCGAUAGUAUAAAGCGAUAUUUACAGAUUUAUUUAAUAAAAUUUAUUGUCUACAUUUACUUAAUAUUAUUGAAACGUAUGAUAAAUAUACUUGACGGACAGACAAAGGGUUUUUGUUAAGAAACAGUCCGUGUAUGGUAUAUUUUCAACGUAACAAAUAUUAUAAAUAUACUGCUUGGUACAAUGAAUUAUAUAUUUGGUUCAUAUAUUAAUUUAUUUCAAAUUAAACAAAUUUUGUAUCAAUACUGCAAUUUUUUAAGAACAACAAAAGUUUCACGAAGUCAAAUAUUAUAAUAUAUUUUUAAUGCAAAAAAUUACGUAAAAAAUGAAAUAUAUAUAUAAAAAUUAAAAUUUAAAAUUGCUACUACUAACAUACUAUCACAGCUAGUAAAUAUUUAUAUAUCAUAUCAUGGACUAAUAAUGGAGCGACAAAAUUUGACUGAAUUUAUAAUAAUUUAAAUAGGAAACUGGAUUUUAAUUGGCCAACUUUUUGAAAUCUCAAAUUUAGCAUAGUUUUUUGACCUUCUCAUACGUCGUCUAUUUUCGAUUAUUCGCAAAUUUUGUUAUUGUUUUUGUUUUUAGUGACAUUCCUUUGGCGAAUUCAGAAUUUAGCUCAUUAAAAAAAAUUAAAUUAUUUUAUUAAAAUGUUGUAACUUACUGGUUGAAGAUAUGUAUGCCUUAUUAUCGUCAAAAAUAACAUUAGCCAAAUGGCUGAGGAAUUACAAGUCCUCGACCAGAUUUGAAGAUCUUGACUUUCUUGAGGACAUAACUUUGAAAUUUAGGAAAAUGCCCUUGUUGGAUGUGCAAAAACGAGAUUAAUAGGCAUAAUACCCUUGUCACCAUUUCUGUAUGUAAAGGGCAUAGUCUGUAAGAUAUACCCUCAACAUAUUUAAAAUACAAAUAAAAAAAUAAAGUAAAAAUAUAAAAAAUAUGUCGAAUUUAUAUUUGAAAUAUACUGAAAACAUACAUACAUUAC